AUGGAUUCUCGUGUCAACGUGAGGGUGCCGUUGAACGCCAUCCGAAUCCAUACUCCUGAUGAUGGGCUUCCAGUGAUCGAGGACUUCCUCACAACGGUCAUCAGCUUCAUUUUUUCAGGAUCACGUUUGGACAGGGAGCCUUUGGACCUGACAUUUGUCUCCUCCAGAGGUGAGGAUACAGAGCCAAUGGAUGAUUCGCCAUACAACCCGAGCCUCUCAGUGAAGAAAGGCUUCACUCGGCUGACCGCUGGGCUUUUUCUAGUCCUCCUUGCAUCAGAUUUGGAUCCAGUUUCUGGCCAGGAUCUGAUCUUGCCUUUGCUCCCUGCAAUCCGUGACAUUUGGAACUUGCCCAGUUGCAUAUCACACGGCCAAGCACAUGAGGAGAUUUCCUUUGAGGCAAUGCAGCUGUCAUGCCAGGGUGCGGAACGACAGCGGAAGAACGAUGAUAUUCAACCAACUCAGGCUUUACAGAUGAGCUUGCGAUUUGAAAAGCUCAUGGUGGAAGAGCGCUUCAAGGUCAGCUUGGAGGAGAAGACAGAUGUGGAAUUGCUUGGUAUGCUAAUUGACAGAUACAACACAUACAAAUCCAACCUGGCGAUCCGAAAGUGGCAAAUCUCAGAUGACAUGAGGAGGAGCAUCGAGGGCAUUGUGAUUGGAAUGACUCCGACCACAAAACGUUUGAUUAGAAGUCAUUUAGACUUCAACAAGUGGGAAGAGUCAGCUUACAAUGAGAGCAUUCUCAAAUCACGACGUCACCGUCUACAUGAGGGAGCGAAGGGUGUCAGUGGCCAAUGGGUCAUGAUCUUGACAGAUUUGGAUGCUUUGCUCAUCGCCAAGCCUGCGACCAUGAAAGUUGAGAUGACCGCGAUGUGGCAAGACAAUGUGGGCCGUGCGCUUAUCAAGAGCAGUGCUCCCGCAUCCGGCACUGACGAUGCUGGUGACAUAGAUGAGGUCCUUCACCUCAAGUCUCAAUUGGAGGUUGGGCUUGGCAUUGUGGAGGCAUUCAUGCAGAAGAGGCUCUUGGUAACUGUUGGCAGUCAGCAAGGCAACAUUGCUACCAUGCAACGGAGAGUGCUCCAGGAAGCCAAGAGCAUGUUCGAUGGCGCAGACCUUGAACACAUGCACCACAUCGGGUACGCUGACCUACCGAAGUUGGGGCGGCUUGCAGCCCCAGAUGUGCAGGAACUUGCUGACUGGUGCUACAAGAUCUUGAGCAUCAACCCCAACUUCAGUGUUGUCUUCAUUGUAGCACCAUUGCUGGCUGCAGAGGGGCUCCUGGGCGGUUUAAGGGGCGAGUACAGGAGGUUGGAGGACAAGUUCACCAGCAUGAAUAUGGAAGUCAAGAUGGUACAAGUGACAUUUUGCUUGGAGCAGCUUCAUGGGAACAGGACACAUUACAUUUCACAUUCCAAAUCAAGUUUACAUUUGUUUUUUGUUCCAAGAGUAAAGCUGACGUGUUUGGCAUUGGGUUGA